AUGGGCCGCUACAACUUCGCCCCCCAAAACGUCCACAAGCACGCGACCCAACUCCUCCAUGCAAACCGACUACCCGCUGCUCCACCAUGGUAUAAGAUAAUACAGGAUGUACCACCCAGUACACGGCUUGUUCGACAGCCCAUGCAAAGAGCACAGAAGCCCGGAGCGAAACCUGCGCGGAAGAAGAGUCGCCUCUUCCAACCACUGAGCCUCAGGUUCGAGGAAGACGCACUACGAUGGGACUACUUCAACGACCAUCCCUGGGAACUGGCGCGGCCAAGGGUGGUACUGGAAGAUGAUGGGCGAGAUCAUGAAAAGUGGGAUUGGAGCUUACCGCUCGACUACACCCUGCGGAGACCGCCUGUUGGAGAUCCCGAAACUGCCGAGUGGGAUGCAAAUAUGAAGACUCAGUCUGCGAGACCGAUCAAUGGAGAAUCGUGAGUCAAUGAUCAUUUCGCGGCAAUGUCCUGGUGGAGACUGACUAGUCUCUACAGCGUUGUGCUGAGACAACAGUACCUCCUCAACCACACCUCUCUCACCCCCGCAGCCGCAUACGACAAAGCGAGAAAGGAACUGUAUCGUCAACGGCACGCCAAAGAGGUCGAAGCUCGUGUUGCGAGGGAAGAAGCACUUGCUGUUGGUGCAUACUUUGGUAAAGGGCCGUUGGAGGUUGGAAUGGAACUCGAAGACAAGCAAUACGAGAACUGGCGAGAAUGGGCAGAAGCGGAAGUCGUUCGCGUGAAAGCGCUACAGGGAAGUGCAUACUCAGGCACGGAGGACGAAGCUGCUGUAGCAGAAAUAGAAGACCCUCUGCAGGAAGAGCUGCAAGAAGUCAGCUCGGCAAUUCCUGCUGCGAAGGCUGGACAGACGGCUCUCGGUGGCGCGGCGUUCGUUCCUUGA